AUGUCUACAAACAAUGAAGUCAGCAUGCGAUCUAAACAUUUAGAAAAACUCAGAGAACUUCAUUUGAAAGUGAAUGAAGCUCGAAAAUCGAAUCAUCUUGAAGUUGUCGAAGAAGAUAGACGAUCGAAACUUCCAUCCAAUUGGGAAACACGUCAACGACGACUACAAUGGGAAGAAGAGGAUGAAGUCUUUAAAAUAGAAUGUGCUAAAAAGAAUAUUGAUCCGGACAGAGAACGUGCACUGGAUGUUAGCGCUGAUAUAGCUGAUCGUCUUGAAGCAAGACGUAGAAAAAAGAAAAAUACUGAUGAAGGUUUUUCAACUUAUGCUGAUGCAUCACAUCGUAAAUACCUCAAGAUGACAAAACAGCUUAAACCAGAUUUAGCAGCUUAUCAAAAAGAAAAGGAGAAAUUAGGAGAAUUAGCCUUUCCAACUGCUGAUACAAUCGGAUUGACAGAUCGUAAAGAUCCACCGGAGGCGGUGGAACGUUUAGCGAAACAAAUUAUUGAACAAGGUGCUAAACGUCCAGCCUACAGUCGAAGACGUCCAUUCGAUGCCGAUGCGGAUAUUGACUAUAUUAAUGAACGUAAUAAACGGUAUAAUGAAUUAUUGGAAAGACACUACGGUAAAUACACGGCUGAAAUUAAACAAAAUCUUGAAAGAGGCACUGCUAUAUAG